GACACAGGACUUUUGACGUUGACGCUACUUACUUACUCAUAAUAAUUUCCAAAGAGAUAAUUUCUUAUUCUUUCCAGAGUUUUUAUGCUCAAUACACAUUAAUCAGAUAUAAAUUAAGUAUGUACUAUAACUGACUUUAGUGAAAGACAACGGAAUCACGAACAGCAGUAUUCAGGAUUGCGUAUUUAAGUUGACGUAUAAACAAGAGAAGACAAGCAAAGCCUCACCAUGAGUUACAUGCUGGGACAUCUGCACAACGGCUGGCAAGUGGACCAGGCCAUACUGUCCGAAGAGGACAGGGUGGUUGUGAUCAGAUUCGGGCACGAUUGGGAUCCAACCUGCAUGAAGAUGGACGAAGUGCUGUACAGCAUUGCAGAGAAAGUAAAGAAUUUUGCAGUCAUCUACCUGGUGGACAUCACGGAGGUUCCAGAUUUCAAUAAAAUGUACGAGCUGUAUGACCCAUGCACGGUGAUGUUCUUCUUCCGCAACAAGCACAUCAUGAUCGACCUGGGCACGGGCAACAACAACAAGAUCAACUGGCCGCUGGAGGACAAGCAGGAGAUGAUCGACAUCAUCGAGACCGUGUACCGCGGCGCGCGCAAGGGCCGCGGUCUCGUCGUCUCGCCCAAGGACUACUCCACCAAGUACAGAUACUAGGACACUCACUUGCCGUGUCUGUCAAACUAUUGGAUCUUUCAAGAGUUGUUACCAGCUGUAAAGUUCACUGUUUGACUAUUUAUAUAUUCUGCUCAGCUAUUCUAGGAAGAGAAAGAAAACUAUAUAGUUAGUAGCUUCCGCAGGAUUGUUCUAUUAGUCACUAGCUAACAGAUUGAAAGUGGUGAAAUAAGAGCAUUGUUUUAAAUGUUCUGUGUUGUAUAGGUUUAAAACUAUUAUAAAACUUUAAUACCA